AUCAAAAUUCCAAAAACUCCAACAAAGCUUGAAUCAUGGGUUUCCAAAUCGAUCCAACAUUCGUCCAAGCCGCCGAGCACCGCCCUAAAAGCACCAUCUCCGACGCCGGCAGCAUCCCUCUCAUCGACCUCUCCCCACUCCUCCAUCACCAGAUCCCCUCCGAUCCAUCCGAUCCCGCCAUCGCCGAUGAGAUCUCCAAUCUCAUCGCCCAGAUCGGUGAGGCUUGCAAAAAUUGGGGGUUUUUCCAGGUUGUGAAUCAUGGAGUGGAGUUGGAGUUGCUGGAGAGGGUUGAGGCGGUGGCGAGGGAGUUCUUCGCUUUGCCGGCGGAGGAGAAGAAGAAGGUGAAGAAGAGGGAGGUGAAUCCGAUGGGGUAUUACGAUGCGGAGCACACGAAGAAUGUUAGGGAUUGGAGGGAGGUCUUUGAUUUCACUGUCACUGAAUUGGAGACCACUUCGCUCCGGUUGGAGAAUCAGUGGCCGGAGAACCUGCCGGAGUUGAGGAAGGCUUGUGAGGAGUAUCUUGAAGAUGUAAAGAAGUUAGCUUACAAGUUAUUAGAGCUCAUUGCAAUGAGUUUGAAUUUGCCUGCAAAGCGUCUAAAUGAAUUUUUUGAAGACUCAAUUAGCUAUACACGGCUAAAUCAUUACAACCCUUGUCCCUCACCGGACCUCGUGCUCGGCCUUGGCCACCAUAAAGAUGGCGGAGCUCUCACCAUUCUCUUUCAAGAUGAAGUUGGUGGACUUGAUGUUAAGAGGAAAGUUGAUGGAGAGUGGGUUCGUGUCAAACCGGUUCAUGAUUCUUUUAUUGUUAAUAUCGGAGAUGUCAUGCAGGUAUGGAGCAAUGAUAAGUAUGAAAGUGUGGAACAUAGAGUGUCAGUAAACUCAGAGAAAGAGAGGCUCUCCAUUCCAUUCUUCUUCAACCCUGCAGCUGCUACAAAUGUGAAGCCAUUGGAGGAGCUGGUGAGUGAAGGCAACCCACCCAAGUAUCAUGAGUAUAACUGGGGAGAUUUUUAUAAAUCUCGAAGAAACUCUAAUUUCCAGAAGUUAGAAAAAGAGAACCUUCAGAUUCAUCAUUUCAAGAGGGUUUAGUAUUUUGUUUCUGUUUGCUUUUGAUCUUGUUUAAUGAAGCAGUGUGUGAUGCUGUGAUAUAAAUAAUUUGUACUUUAUGUAUUGAAUGAUUUGGUUAUGCUCAUGAACUAUCAUCAUUCCAGGC